GUAUUGUAGUAAUCAGUUUUUACAAAUGAUGCUUUAAUGCUGAGACAGGGGUGAUAGACUCAAGGUGUAAAACAAAAUAUACAGUUUUGGACAUGCAAACUUGUGGAUUUGGGUUUGCUUGGGAAAAGGAACUUUGGAAGGAAACACAGGCAGAAGAGCUUUGAAACUAACAUAUGAAUUUAAUAUAUCCUUUUUAAAAAAGUAUUAACAGAUUCAAGGUUUUAGAUACAAUCCUCUUUUUCUGUGCAUUGUAUAAAGAAAAAAAAAAGCAAGUGAUAUUUUGAAAUCAAUUUGCUCUCUUCCUAAGUGUCUGAGGCACAGAUAUUCUCUCCAGUUGGGUUCUGUUCCAGCUUAGGGUUUAACAGGAUGUAAUGAUUUCGUUUUUGAAAAGAAGCAACUUCAACACAGAAAGAGGAAGUGAGUUGCCAAGUCAUAGAGCUAUCUAGUGGCAGAAUGAGUACUAGAACCCAGGUCUCCAACUCCUGGUCUGGUAUUUUUCCACUUAGCUGGAAGAAGCUGUCUAGUGGCCCAAAUGUAAGCCCCUUGGGAAUGGAUUCACAGAAUUUUUAUAGAAGAGACAGCAGAGACCAUUUAGACCAACCCCCAGAUUUUACAAUGUUGAAACUAGGGCAGAAUUUUCCCAAGAUUAUGCAGCUUGUGAUCAGCAGCUGAGAUUCAAACUCAUCACCUUUCUCCAAAUCCAGAGUUCUCUCUACUCUACCAUGGUGCUGGGUGCAUAUAUAAAAUAAGGUUUCAAGGGUAUUUUUAGAGGGUUAGCAGAAUGACUGAGAAUCAAGGUUCAGUCAAAACCUCAAUCCAGGCUGUGAAGCAGGAGAAUUUAUGACUGAAUUAGUUUUAGAGGAGGGCACUUUGACCACAUUUUUAAGGAUGCCUCAAUAAGAUUAGGCAGAAGGACUCAAGAUUUAUUAAGGUUGUAAAGUUGAACUAAUGUAUCUUAAAAGAUGUAAAAUUACAGGAUGUCAGUUGCAACUUUUUACUCCCCUGUGAUGAGAGUUGUGAAGGACUCAAGAUUUAUUAGGGUUGUGAAGUUGAACUAAUGUAUCUUAAAAGAUGUAAAAUUACAGGAUGUCAGUUGCAACUUUUUACUCCCCUGUGAUGAGAGUUGUGGAGACAGUGAGCCUCCCAGUGUGAAUAGAGAGUUGGGGGAAAAUAGCACUGCAGUAGGAAUGAGGCCUGAGUUGUAGACCAUAUGCUGCUCUGAACCUCCUUAUUUGAAAAAUGAGGAAACUAUGCCCCAAAUGGGCCAGAACUUGCUCCAGAUAACACAUCGAGUUAAUGGCAGAGUUGGGGACUACAAUCUAGGUCUUCUAAAUCCAAGUACAUGCUUCAUUAAGCCCUUAUUUUUAUUCUAACAGUAAUAACAAAAUACUCAAGUAAAAUGAAAAAGAGCUCAUACCUAAAAAUGCAAACUCCAAAUUAUUUGCAAAUUUCUUAAAUGUUAUCAACUUUAAUAAAAUGCCCUAUUUGCUUUUGUGACCCUUUCUGAUCAAUAUACUUUUUUCAAAUUUUGCUGCCAAUUUUUUACAUAGUGGUAGUUCUACAUUUAUAUCUUUAGAUUCUCCUUUCUUUAUUCUGCAUGUCACAUUUCUUUCAAUCUCCCAUUUCCAUAUCAUUCUUGAUUUCUUAUGGCACAAUAAUAUUCCAUUACGUUCAAUUUGUUCAAGGAAUCCCCAGCCAGACACGUGUCUUAUUUUAUUUAACAGAUGACCAAACUGAGGCCCACCCCGAGGAGUCUCACACAGCUGGAAAGUAUAUGGAGUGGGGACAAGAAUGCGGGCCUCCAGAUUUCCUGCCCUAACUUUCCACUCCUGUGAUGGAAGAAUGAGACUACCAGUGUAGACAGAGCAUCGAAGGGAAAAAGACCCUGUUGGGAAUGAGAAGCUCUGAGCAGCAGUCCCUAUUAUGGAGGCACCUGGCGGCGUGACCUUGGAUAAGUCACUCUACCUGAACCUGUUUCCUUCACUGUUUUAACACGGUAUGUCUUACAGUUCUAACAAGCUCUUGUUGUUUCAGUUUCUCCUUUUGUUAAAAAGAAAUCGUUCUACCGCGGGCCCUAAGAGAGAAUGGGGUGGGAAGCUCUGGGUACCCCCAACCUCUCGUUCCUAGCUAAACGUGGCACCUGGCCCCGGGGUCCGCACAUCCGAUCACCUCCACUGCAAAAUAAAAGCGGAGGUUUAAAUGCCUGAGAAGCCGCUCCCAACUCGAAAAUUCCUAGGAACCCAAGCAACUCCGCCGAAGACACAAAAUGGGUUUUCUGUCCCUCGUGGGCACCCGACGUGGACUACAGCUUCCAGGAGGCCGCGUUCGCAAUGACGGCGGCCGGAGCGGCCACGUAACCGUUGGCGGCGCAGGCGCGGUGCGGGCAGCCGGGCGGGCGGGCGCUUCGCGGUUUGAAUGGCUCCGGGCCGGGGUCGCCCGCUCGCCUGAGAAGCGGCCGCCGCGGAGCUGAGCGCCAUGCCAGCAGGGGCCGACCAGCCGCCUCCGCCGGCGGCGGCCUCUGAAGAGGAGGAGGACGACGGCGCGGAAGAGGAAGCGCCGACGGAGGCCGGCGGGGAGGAAGCCGGGGGAGAGCGCGGCGGGCCUGCCGUGCAGACGCCGGCGCCUCAGACGCGCCAGCGGUUUGACGAGCUCUGCGGGCGCCUCAAUAUGGACGAGGAGGCGCGGGCCGAGGCCUGGGAGAGCUAUCGGAGCAUGAGCCAAAGCUACACGCUGGAGGGAAAUGAUCUACAUUGGUUAGCAUGUGCCUUAUAUGUGGCUUGCAGAAAAUCUGUUCCCACUGUAAGCAAAGGGACAGUAGAAGGGAACUAUGUCUCCUUAACCAGAAUUCUGCGAUGUUCGGAGCAGAGUUUAAUUGAAUUUUUUAACAAGAUGAAGAAGUGGGAGGAUAUGGCAAAUCUACCCUCACGAUUCAGAGAACGUACUGAAAGACUAGAGAGAAAUUUCACAGUGUCUGCUGUGAUUUUUAAGAAGUAUGAACCCAUCUUUCAGGACAUUUUUCGAUAUUCUCAAGAGGAGCCACCUUGUCAACAGAGAGGACGAAAGUACCGGCGGCAACCGUGUACAGUCUCAGAAGUUUUCCAGUUUUGUUGGGUACUCUUUGUGUAUGCAAAAGGUAAUUUCCCAAUGAUCAGUGAUGACUUGGUCAAUUCUUAUCACCUUUUGCUGUGUGCUUUGGAUCUAGUAUAUGGAAAUGCCCUUCAGUGCUCUAAUCGUAAAGAACUUCUAAAUCCAAAUUUUAAAGGCCUGCCUGAAGAUUUCCAUAGUAAGGACUCCAAGCCUUCUUCUGACCCACCGUGUGUCAUUGAACCACUUUGUGCCCUGCAUGAUGGCCUAGUUUUAGAGGCAAAGGGAAUAAAAGAACAUUUCUGGAAACCUUACAUUAGAAAGCUUUUUGAAAAAAAGCUUCUGAAAGGAAGAGAAGAAAACCUUACUGGAUUUCUGGAUCCAGGGAACUUUGGAGAUAGUAUCAAAGCCAUCAACAAGGCCUAUGAGGAAUACGUUUUAUCUGUAGGAAAUUUAGAUGAACGAAUUUUUCUUGGGGAGGAUGCAGAAGAAGAAAUUGGGACACUCACUAGGUGUCUGAACACUGGCUCUGGCCUGGAGACCGCUGAAAGGGUGCAGGUGAAGUACAGUCUGCAGCAGCACUUUGACAAGUCUAAAGCAUUUAGGAUCUCAACUCCACUUACUGGCCGCAGAUACGUUAAGGAGAACAACCCUUAUGUGACCCCUGUUUCCAUAGCUACUCACAGCUUGAGUCGUCUUCACACCAUGUUGGCAGGCCUCAAAAAUUCACCAAGUGAGAAAUUAGAACAAGUUCUGAGGGCAUGUACCAGGGAUCCAUCUCAAUCUAUUGCUAACAGAUUGAAAGAAAUGUAUGAAAUAUAUUGUCAGCACUCCCAGACAGAUAGCGAUUUUAGCAGUUGUGCUAAAGAAAUUGCCAGCAAACAUUUUCGUUAUGCAGAAAUACUUUACUAUAAGGUAUUGGAAUCAGUCAUUGAUCAGGAACAGAAAAGACUGGGAGACAUAGAUUUAUCUGGCAUACUGGAACAGGAUGCUUUCCACAGAUCACUCUUAGCCUGUUGUCUUGAGGUCAUCACUUUCUCUUACAAGCCUCCAGGGAAUUUCCCUUUUAUUGCAGAAAUCUUUGAUGUACCACUUUAUCAUUUUUAUAAGGUGAUAGAGGUAUUUAUUAGAGCAGAAGAUGGCCUCUGUAGAGAAGUGGUGAAGCACCUCAAUCAUAUUGAAGAACAGAUCCUAGACCACAUGGCCUGGAAGCUGGAGUCCCCACUUUGGGACAGGAUUAGAGAUAAUGAAAACAAAGUUCCUACCUGUGAAGAGGUUAUGCCACCUCAGAACCUGGAACGGGCAGAUCGAAUUAGUGUGACGGGCUCCCCUUUGACUCCAAGAAGGGUUAAUGAAGUUCGUGCUGAAAGUGGAGGGCUGGGAAGAAGCUUGACAACAUCUCCUACCACAUUAUAUGACAGAUACAGUUCCCCAACAACCAGCACUACCCGGAGGAGGCUUUUUGUGGAGAAUGAUGGUGCCUCGGACAGUGGGGCACCUGUGCGGGUUUCCCCACAGUCCCUUGUCAACCCAGUGCCAUUGCAAAAUGUAACAGCGGAGUCUGUGUCUGUCACUCCAGUCCCUGGACAGACAUUGGUCACUAUGGCAACUGCCACUGUAACAGCCAACAACGGGCAAACCGUGACAAUCCCAGUACAAGGUAUUGCCAAUGAAAAUGGAGGGAUCACAUUCUUCCCAGUCCAGGUCAGUGUUAGCAGUCAGACUCAAGCUAUGACUGGCUCCAUUCAGCCCCUCAGUGCCCAGGCCCUGGCUGGGACCUUGGGCUCUCAGCAAGUGACAGGAACAGCCUUGCAGGUCCCAAGUCAGGUGGCUAAUCAACAGAUUUCCUCCACUGGACAACAGCAGAGACAGAACCAACCUUUAACCAGCAUCAGACCCAGGAAAACAAGCUCCUUAUCCCUCUUCUUUCGAAAGGUUUACCAUUUAGCAAGUGUUCGUCUCCGGGAUCUCUGUACUAAGCUAGAGAUUUCUGAUGAGUUAAGGAAAAAAAUCUGGACCUGCUUUGAAUUCUCUGUUGUGCAGUGUCCUGAGCUUAUGAUGGAUAGACAUCUAGACCAGCUAUUAAUGUGUGCUAUUUAUGUGAUGGCAAAGGUCACAAAUGAAGACAAAUCCUUCCAGAACAUAAUGCGUUGCUAUAGGACACAACCACAGGCUCGAAGCCAGGUAUAUAGGAGCGUCUUAAUAAAGAGAAGGAGAAGAAGAAAUUCUGGUAGCAGCGAUAGUAGAAGCCACCAGAAUUCCCCUACAGAAGCGAACAAAGACAGAACAAGCAGAGACUCCAGCCCAGUCAUGAGGUCUAGUAGUACUCUGCCAGUUCCACAGCCCAACAGUGCCCCUCCAACUCCGACUCGUCUCACUGGUGCCAACAGUGACAUUGAAGAGGAAGAGAGGGGAGAUCUCAUUCAGUUUUACAACAAUAUCUACGUAGAACAAAUUCAAACAUUUGCCCGGAAAUACUCUCAGGCAAACAAGACUGAUGUUCCUCCGCUUUCUCCCUACCCAUCUGUGAGAACAGGCUCCCCUCGACGAAUACAGUUGUCCCAGAAUCACCCUGUCUACAUUUCCCCUCAUAAGAACGAAAUGAUGCUCUCUCCUCGGGAAAAGAUUUUCUACUACUUCAGCAGUAGUCCUUCAAAGAGGCUGAAAGAGAUCAACAGUAUGAUAAGAACUGGGGAAACUCCGACCAAGAAGAGAGGCAUUCUUUUAGAAGAUGGAAGCGAAUCACCAGCUAAAAGGAUUUGCCCAGAAAAUCAUACGGCCUUACUACGACGCCUACAAGAUGUGGCUAAUGACAGAGGGACCCAUUAAGGUUAGUCCCUUGUUUUGAAGCUGUCUUCUCAAAAACUACUGCAGCAGCAGCAUUUAAGAUAUGCCAAAGCAUGGGGCUUUCUCCCGUAACCUAGUCCAGCCAAACCAUCAAGUCUUGUUUAAAGAACUGAGAGAUUCUUUUCCCAGCAGACUGUAAAUCUCUCACACUUUGCUUAUAAAGUAUAUGCUCAGUCCAGCUGCCAUACCCAAGAAGCUUUCUAAUGUUAUUUCCUCAAGUCUACACAGCCACAGUCCCCAGAGAAAGGCUACUUAGCUUCCAUAUUUUGAUUCUUUAUAAGAGAUUUCCAGGGAAGCCUUUAUGUAAACCUAUUCCUAUCUGCAGAAUAUUCUUCUUAGGAGUGUUUUUAAUAGUAAUAUUAAUAAGUAGCUACUGUAUCAGAGAAGCUACAUUUCAAACUCAUUCCUCCCUAUUCUGCCUCACCCCAAACAUGUACAUAGUUGAAAGUUUUAGGGUAAACUUGCAUGAAUAGAGGAUUUAUGCAACCCUAAGGGAAAAUGGACAGGAAAAACACCAUUGAUAACUAUCGAGGAUUAUUUAAUAUGUCUCCUAUUCCCUUAAGAACUCUGUAUGUGGUGGGCUUUUAAAAAUUCUUGGGCACUUUGCAGUGAUUAUUUUAUGUAUCUGUGCAAUGUGUGAAAGUGAACUUGUAUAAGAUGUGGCACUUUAGGGCUGUAAAAAGCAUGAUUUUAUAACCCAGAUGAGUUAUUUUUUUGCUGUAUACUUGCAAUGGCACUUUCUACAAUGUGAUGGUUAAGUUCAGAACUCUCUCCAGGAUAAACAUUAAAAAUUCUUUUUAAUCUGACCUUUUUGUAUUUAUUUAAAAAAAAAAACAAACAAGCAGCGUUUUAAAACUGUUUAAGUUUGACAGUUGUGGGCGCUUGAAUUCCUUUAGCUUUUUUUUAGGUAGGGGAGUUCUAAUUUUGCUUGAUCUCAGAAAUUAGUUUAAAAUGUCCAAAAUCAAGUUGACCUAUGAGGUAAUCAGAAGAAUUAUGAUCUCUUGUCUUUGGAGGUAGCUAUCCCAAAAACACUUGCAGCUAUUAAUUUGAAUUUCUAAAUAGCGUUGGAUAUGCUACUACUUAUACCCGACACCUUCAGGUGAGAAAAACUGGAUCGAGUUCAGAAUCUAGAUUUUCAGACUUUUAGCGCUUACACAAAUUAAGGAAUAUUAAAUGCUAAUAGCAGUUGAAUGAUAAACCUUUAUUAAUCAUUCCUGUUCAGUUUCAAAGUUGAAUAAUCUAUUAGGAAGAUAUAAUUCAGUUGUAAAUUGAAUUAGUAUAAAACAAGUUACUGAGUAACUUCAUACUGGUCUGAAAUAUGGAACUUUUUUUAACACUGUUCAAAUGGAAUAGUGUCUGUAAAAAUAUUUAUAAAAUUGUCAAGAUGCUUACCUAUUGCUACUGUAAUUUUGUAUGAAAAUAUUACAAGUGUAUUUUUCAAUAAAAGCAUUUAUAAAUUGA